CAGCCGCGAGGUGGCAGUGGCUGGAAGUGGGGCGAUCGGCGAGUCAGAGGAGCUUUUGCUAAAACUCUUGACUCUUCACUUGGGCUUACAGAUGCCCAGCAGACAUUGGAGGUUUCUGCCUGUAAGACAGCAGUAUCUGCAAAGCCAUGAAUGAGUCAAGGACUUCCCUCGAUACUGAAGAGUACCCUGACGGCGAGACACAGAAGAGUCAUGUCAUGACCCUGGAAGAGUGGCAAGACAAGUGGGUGAAGCGCGACAUUGGAUUUCAUCAAGCAGAAGGACAUCAGCUAUUAAAGAAGCAUUUGAACACAUUCCUUCAAGGCAAGAGAGGACUGAGAGUGUUUUUUCCUCUUUGUGGGAAAGCAGUGGAGAUGAAGUGGUUCGCAGACCUGGGACACACUGUAGCUGGUGUCGAAAUCAGUGAACUUGGGAUACGCGAGUUUUUUACGGAGCAGAAACUUUCUUACUCAGAAGAACCGAUCCCUGAAAUUCCUGGAGCAAAAGUAUUUAAGAGUUCUUCAGGGAACAUCUCACUGUACUGCUGCAGCAUUUUCGAUCUUCCCAGAGCAAAUAUUGGUAAAUUUGACAGGAUCUGGGACAGAGGAGCAUUAGUCGCUGUGAACCCCAGUGACCGUGGACGCUACACUGAUGCGGUGCUGUCCCUACUGAGAAGAGGGUUUCUCUACCUCUUGUCUGUUUUCUCUUACGAUCCAACCAAACACAGAGGCCCACCAUUUUAUGUUCCAGAUUCUGAAAUUCAAACACUCUUUGGUACAAGGUGCAAUAUCCGUUGCCUUGAAAAGGUUGAUGAUAUUGAAAGACAGAACAGAAUGAGAGUUGACUACUGUUUUGAAAAAUUAUAUCUACUGACAGAAAAGUAGACAGAUGAUGGGUCAAUAAAAUCAAGUAACAUCAAUAUGUUCUUACAUUUCUGAGCAAUUGAAAAUCAUGCUAAGGCUUGAAAAUACGACGGGUGAUUUUUU